AUGCCUAUUCGAACAUAUCUAUUCAAUCAAAUAACUAAUACAAUAUGUCGACUUAAUGGUAUCGAACCAUCACAUCGAAUGCCACACAAAGAAGAAUUAAGUAUGCCGUUUUCUGAUCAUGUUUUAUACAGUCCAAGUCAACUUCCACCUAAAGUUGACCUACGGCCUUUUCUGACACCUGUUGAAGAUCAAUCAAGAAUUGGUAGUUGCACAGCAAAUUCACUUGCAGGAGCUUAUGAAUAUUUAAUAAAGAAAGCUCAUGGUACUGAUAUUGAUGUGAGUCGCUUAUUUAUUUACUAUAAUGGACGUACUAAGAAAACACAUUUACCUGUUGUAACUGACUCAGGUUGUUCAAUGACAAAUGCUAUUGAAGCAUUAGAAGAAUUUGGUACAUGUCUCGAAUCAGCUUGGCCCUAUGAUAUAACACGUGUUAAUGCACGUCCUAAUAUUCAAGCUUUUACAAAAGGACACUCACAUAAGGUACACCAAGCACUGCACGUUAAAAUUGAUUUAAAUGAAAUGAAAUCAUGUCUUGCACAAGGUUUUCCAUUUGCAUUUGGUUUACGACUUUAUUCAUCAUUUGAUAAAGCAGCUACAACUGGUGCUGUACCAAUGCCGGAUGCAGCAGAACAAGGUCGAACUGAACAUGGCAGACAUGCCUUAUUAGCUGUUGGUUAUAGUGAUGAAUCAAAUGCAUUUAUUGUUCGAAAUUCAUGGGGAGAAAAAUGGGGUGAUAAAGGAUAUUGUUAUAUUCCUUAUGAUUAUAUAGUUAAUCCAAAAUUAUGUUUUGAUGUAUGGGUUAUUCGUCAAUUCGAUAAUGAUGAUAUGGGCAAUGAACAUUGGCAUGUUACCGAUACUAUGCAUUAUAUAUUAUCAGUAGCACAUCAUGGUAGUCAUGAUCAUAUUGAAGUUAAAGAAAUUGAUGAACAUGAUGAACACCAUCAUCAUGCAUAA